AUGUUCGUAGUCUCAUUAUACUCUGUGGAAAUGGAGAGACAAGCUGCAAACAAGGUAGAAUUCAAUAGGGCACUUAUGAACGCGUUUAAGGAACAAUUUCAAGACGUAUGGCUCAAAGCAGGAGAUCAAACGGAUGCCAUCCCCGCCCACAAAAUUAUCUUGGUGGCAAGAUCGAAGGUGUUCAGGAACAUAUUGGAAUCAGAUGAUUUCAAAGCUUCUUUGUCGAAAGAGACAAUCACUCUCUCAGAGAUGAAACAUGAUGAGCUAGAGACGUUUCUUGAUUUCAUAUACAACGGUUCGCUUCCCGAUACAAAGAUGAGGCAACACGUCCGUAUACUCUACGUAGCUGCAUACAUAUACGAAAUUCCACACCUUCAAGAUCUCUGCAGAAACCUGUUAAUCGUCUCCUUGAACACAACAAAUGUAUUUGAUGUACUCGAGCUUGCAAAGAUUCACUCUGAUACGGUCCUCGAACAUGAGGUCUCUGAGUUCAUCAUAUCACACAUGGAGGGGGUUUCAUACUCGAGCAAGUUCAUGUCGUUUGUGGAAAGUAAUCCGGCUCUUACUGUCCAAAUGAUAAGGGGUCAUGUGAACAGAGUUAACAGACUAGAAAAGUAA